AACGCUACUUAAAAAUCUUGCAUGGUCCCUUAGUAGCUUUGUUAUUUCCUAGCUUGAAAAUUGUUACACGUGCUGCAUACUCUUAACUAUAGAAUUUCCUAGGUGAACCUCCGAAGAUAGCUAGCCGUCUAUUUUCGAAACGUUGAUAACUUGGUACAGCAUAUUGAUUAUAACAUGGUGGACCAGGAGGUGGUGAACAAACGACUGCCCAGAAUUGCAGCAUGCCUUCAAAUGAGAUUCCCUCCAGAUCGAGAGCCAAGCCUAAGGAUUCUCAGGGGCAAAAGUGGGGUCCACGGACAAGACGUCAGCGAUGGUGAUGGAAGUUUAGGAAGGCCUAGAACCCCAGACCUUCCAGGGGAGAUGUUGACGGAAGAUUCGCGGCCUUUGCAGACAUCGUCCUCCCCUAAACCUGUCUUGGAGGGCCCCAGCCUGGUGCCUGACCCCAUGCUGGUGGACUAUUCGGAGAAUGAGGAUGACUCCAAUGAUGGCUUAUCCCUCCCUGAUAUGGGCCCCAACCAGGACAUGAGCUCAUUUGAACAGGAGCUUCAGGAUGAGUCCGACAAACCUUACAGCAGCCCCAAGAGAGGGAAAAGAGACGGAGCGGGUUUGUCCGACUGGCACAAACAUCGGGUCGCAGCAGUGUGCAGCAUGAGGUUUGACGACCUCAUGAAGAAGAAUCCGGAAUUCCAAGAAUGUAAGAGCUGCCUGGCGGGCUUUGUCCUGGAGAAAGAGGUGCGUGACACUCGUGGCCAGCUCUCUGAACGCUACGAGGUGGUGGCCUUGGGAACGGGCCAGUGGAGCUGCAGCGGCUGGCAGCGCUUCAACGGCACCGUGGUGCACGACUGCCACGCCAUCGUCACCGCCAGACGGGCUCUCAAAAGGUUCCUCUUCAAGCAGCUCCUGCUGUUGUUCAGCCAGGAGGCGGGGUGCGAGGAGCGCUCCAUCUACCAGAGCGCCACCGGAGGCCUCCUCCAGCUCAAGCCCCGAAUCUACCUCCACCUGUACACCAGCCAGACCCCCAAAGGAGCCGCGCAGUGCGUUCUCAUGAAGUCCCUAAACAGCAGCUACACCUCCCUGAAGCUGCAGUGCCAUGCCAAGGGCUCCCUGAUCCCCGCGUCCGUCCUCCACCCCAGCGUGUGGGGGUCCCGGAUCUGCUGCAUGUCGGACAGUGACAAGCUCUGCCGCUGGACGGUCACGGGGGUCCAGGGGGCGCUCUUGAGCCAUUUCCUCCAACCGCUCUACAUCACAAGCGUGGUGCUGGGGGACUCCAGCCACUACUCUGAGAAAGUGUCGGACACCAUCAACACACGCCUGGGGGAGGGCUGGGAGGAGAAGCUGCCGGAGCCCUUCAGGAGCCAGAAGAUCUUCUUCCUCAGCGGCGCGGCCCUGGGGCCUCCUCUCAGCAGCCUGUACUGCAGAGACCUCGGCGUCAACUGGUGCCUGGGGGACGCCAGCGUCGAGGUCACGGACUGCACAAAGGGCCUCGUUGUCGAAGGCUCCCCGUCUGUGAGCGGACCUGGUCUCACCAGCAGACUGUGCAAGAGAGCUCUCUACAGCUACUUUCGCAAAGUUGCAAAGCUGUCAGGACACCAAUGCCUACUGGAUCUUCCCACUUGCCACAGUGUCAAGGUGAAGGCCAGCCUGUACCAGAAUGCCAAGACUGUUGUUAACCAGCAGUUCCUGUCCAAUAACGCGGGACCCUGGAAUUCGAAACACCUGGUGGACUGCUUCAGUCACUGAGCUGUUCCAGUAGGGCAGCCUCUCUCAGCCCUGCAUGUUUCAGAUGUUUCCCUCUUCCAGCACACCUGAUUCAAAUGAAUGGGUCGUUAUGAAGCUUAGCAAAGGACUGAUAAUCACCCAUUUAUUUGAAUCAGGUGUGCUGGAGCAGGGGAAUAUGUAAAAGAUGCAGGGCAGGGGGUCACGAGGACCAGGGUUGAGAGGCUGCUGGAGGGGACAGUUUUGAGUGGGUGUUCCAAGCUUGACUUUAGGUUCAUAUGAACAAUGUUCUCGUGGUUGCGUGACAAAAAAAUCCACUUUCUUUUGUGUUAGUAAACAAGUUCAAAGAACACCCUCACACACUUUCUGGGAAAUGUUUGGUUUAUAUUCCAUUGUUCAAUAAUCUAUUAAAGUUUGGAAAAAAAUGUAGGGACUACAACAAAGGGAACAGUAAUUUACAGUGUUUAAGUCAAGAACAUACAGGUCACUCCAUAGAUGUCAAUAUACAGUUCUCAGAGCUGUGGUUGCAAGUUCCCUAAAGUGAAUCAAAACUAAAACACAAUCUGCCUUUUCUCACGUGUAGCAUACUAUAGAAUACAGUAAUGGUAGACCAGGAUAAAAUAUAAAAACUGGAAAGGCCUGAUGCAAACAUGUUAUUUGGUCACUAAAACCCAGUAGAAUUUGUCUUGAAGCUUUCAAAUGUAAGCACAGCUUGAGAGAAACAUGAUCCAUUUCUGUAUGUAAGAAAUUGUUUGAAGCUCUAUCAAACCCUACACUUGAUUUAACCAAACAAGCUUAAUUCUUUUAGGCAAAAGUCAAUAUAUAUUACCUGUCAAAUUAUUUUGUGUAUUAAACAGUCAUUCUAUCAGGCAAACAUCUUGGAAGUACAGUAGCAUAUGUCGCAGCACUGGACAAUC